AUGAGUUUUAUGACGAAGCUCUUCGGUGGAAAGAAAGGAGACAAACAACCAACAACUGGCGAAGCCAUACAGAAAUUAAGAGAAACGGAGGAAAUGCUUAUAAAGAAACAAGAUUUUUUAGAGAAAAAAAUAGAACAAGAAAUUGCCGUGGCCAGAAAAAAUGGCACGAAAAAUAAAAGAGCUGCCAUCCAGGCUUUGAAGAGAAAGAAGCGAUAUGAGAAACAGUUGCAGCAGAUUGAUGGCACACUGUCAACAAUUGAAAUGCAGCGAGAAGCACUUGAAGGAGCAAAUACAAAUACUAAUGUACUACAGACUAUGAAAAGUGCAGCUGAUGCCUUAAAGGCAGCACAUCAACACAUGGAUGUGGAUCAAGUGCAUGACAUGAUGGAUGAUAUUGCAGAGCAACAGGAUGUUGCAAAGGAGAUUUCAGAAGCAAUUUCAAACCCUGUUGCUUUUGGUCAAGAUGUUGAUGAGGAUGAACUCGAACGUGAAUUGGAAGAGCUGGAACAAGAGGAACUUGACAAGGAACUACUGGGUGUGGGACCUUCAGUAGAUGAACUGCCAAGUGUACCUACCGCUGAUAUUGCGAAGCCUACUCCAACUAAAACCAAAGCUAAAUCCCGAGCUGAGGAGGAGGAGGAUGAAUACAUGAAAGAACUGCAACAGUGGGCUUCAUAAACUUGUCACAAGUCAGUAAGCUUUAGACACAAAGCAGUCAGUACCAGAGUGUGGGAUCUCAUGAAGCAUACUCUACAGCUUGCUUUAUAUUUACUAUUCUACUGCAAGGAACAAGGAAAUCACGUAGCAUUUUAAAACCUGGAGCUGAUCUUGCACUGUACAUAUAUAUCCUAAUUGAAAUACAGCUUAUAUUAUACUAAAAUCAGGUAUAUUUCUUCUGGGUAAAAAAUUUAAAAAUUAUACAAAAUAAAUAUAUGUUAAUUAAGCCAAAAUUAAUUAAUUUUCCUUAUGCUGUGUAUAUUUUUGAAAAAUUCAUUAUUUACUAUAGGAGUAAUGCUGUGAUUUUUAUGGCAUUUGCUGUUAUAAUUCUGUACUUUUUUACGUACUGUAAAUUACAGAAAUUAUUAUUGUCUUAGAUGUGAUAAUAUGAAAUUACUGUGUAAAAGUGUUAAACCUUAUAGGCAGCAAGCAAUCAAGCUAAAUUUAAUAUUGAAUGGAGAUAGUAGGAACAUAAAUAUCUGUCUUUAAUGGAGAAUCAUAAUAUCUGUAAUAAAAGCACAUAUUUUAAUCACAAAAGAAGUCUUUGUAGAAUGUGAAUUGUAAUGAUCCUCUGCCAUAGAGAAUUAAUGUUUUGUAGGUUACAGAACUUCACAACAAUGAAUUCAACAUAAUUAUAAGUGGCUGACAAGGUUUUCAAACUUUCCUUAACAUAAUGUCCAAAAGCUCAUAAAAUGUUGUCAUUUGUAUAAUAAAUUAAUUAGAAUGGAAUCCAUUCUACACUUUUCAAAGUGUGUCAUAUACAAUGAGCAAUCCUUUGAACAAGGCAACAUAUUUCUGAGGACUUCUGAGACACUAUAGAUGGUGUUUCUUGUAUUAUGUAUUUUCUGUGCAACAUAAACUCUAAAUGAAAUAGGUGUUUCUCGAGUGUGAGCUAUGGCAUAAAACCAGAGUUGUUUUGAAAGUGGAAUAUUUACACAAACAGUGAUAGGAUCUAUAUUUCAUAGUCAAGUAUAUCAUCAGUGUAAAUAAGAAUUUCCAUGCUAAUGUUAUUAAAAGUUACACAGUAAUUUUCUUUGAACAUCUCAGGUCUCCCUAUUUACUGGUGAAUAAAAUAAGAUAAUAUGAUAAUUCAUUGACCAUGGAUUGUUUGUACAAAGUAUUGUAUGUUUUACAAAUGAUAUGUAAGCCUUCCAAGCCCUGACUCUUGUCCUAUGCAUGCUGGCUGUUGUACUUAGAUGCCAUAAAUGCUAAAUACAGUUGUAAACAUACUUUACUAAAUCAGUGCUUCUCAACUGAUAGUUCAUAAUUGUUUGUGACUGCAUGAACCACUUUAUUGUAGUUUUGUCAGGGACAUCAGAAUUUAUAGGCAAUAAUUUAUUUGCAAACCCCCAACCUAACCUAACCUACCCCCAUUCAUUUUUCCCAUUACAUAUAAUCCUAUGUUGACAUAAAGUUAAAACACUUCAACAUCUUUGGAUUUUACUGGAUCAGAGAGGAAAAAAUUGUGGUCUAGCCACACGAUAUCAGUUUUUUGUGUUAACAGUUUGUUUUUGCUACUAUUCAUAGAUUGUAUACAGUUACUUUAGGGAGUUCGUCAUUUCACUAUGCAUAUAGAAGAGUGCAAAGAUAGAGACGUGUGUUUGAUAGCAAAAGUAGGGAAGGGGAACUUUCUCGUUGAGUAGUUUAUAGUAAAGAUUAGACGUCCUCUGUGUUGCUAUAGUGACAUGUAAGGUUUGCCCAAGAAGAAUAUUUGGCUGUUUCUUCCUGGGAAGGGUCACUUGGAACAUAUAAUAUAUUUUAUUUAUUUAUUACCUGUAAGUUUUUAGCCUGCUGCAGAGAUAAGUUUGCCACAGCUGUGACAUUGUCAUUAAGUAGUUGAGUACUAAUAUUCUGAGCCCUGAUAAAAUUUUUGUCCUUAGGUUUUCAAAGCCCAAUUUUAUUGUAUAACUCAAACUUUCAAGGAUAAGCUGUAACAAGGCUCAACAGUGUUUUUCCAUGAAAACUGAAUUUGAACCAAUACAGCUUGAUAAAAUUGUUGGAAGUGAAAUGCUAGUAACAAGUAACAUGGAUAUAGGAUUACAUUCUAAACUUUGUUUCCAAGAAGCAGAGGGGUAGGGGGGGAUUGUGAAGUUCCAGAUACACUGCUGAUAGGAACUAGCACCAUGGGUUUAUCUGCAUUGAAUUUCUCAAUGACAAGUUGACAGUACCACAGACUAAAUACAGUACACUGUGGUAGUGGUAUAUGUAAGACUGCUAAUGUAAGGCUACCUAGACACACAUAAAAAUUAAUAUCUGGUCUCUGUUUUCCGAGAAAGUGCUCUACAUACAACUAUUUUUCAUUGUAUCCGUAUUAACUCCUACUGUAUGCUUUAGCUAAUGGACACAAAAUGUCUGUCAGAAAGAAAUUCUUGCCAUGAUUUUGAAAUCAUGGUAAUUGUGUAGUUCUCUACUGAUAUCUGAAGUCCUGUUGAUAUGUUGAAAUUAGUGAGGGAAGUGUAAUGCAGGAAAAUGCAGAUACAAGAUCACAUCCCAGCUUUUGUUGAAAGGAAUUGGUCUCUGAACAAAUACUUUCAGUAUUCAGAUAAAAUAUGCAAUUUAGUUACAGUAAUGUAAUUUUAUCUGUCUUCAUAACCAAACAAUUUUGAGAAUAGUUUAAAACCCAAACAGUUUUCUUAUAUAUAAUUUGCAGAUGUAUCUCUUCACAAGUCUUUGUGAUCUGGUAAACUGUUACAGGUAACUUUAACAACUUUCAACAAGUUUCCACUAUGACUAGUGGUAUCCUUUUUUUAAAGUGGCCCAAAUAAUUGUGGAAAAACAGUGAUUCCUUUAUGUUGCAUUCUGUGUGCUAAUAAAACAUGUUAGAAGAUAAUGCAGCAAGGGAAAUAAACCCAGUUUGUUUGGUUUUAAGUACUUGGGUUAAAACCCACUGAUCUACACUAUCCAGCAAGUAGACAUAGCUUUGUAACAGUAACAAAUGCCUGCUCUUAACAUGUAAUCGAAAAUUAAACACAAUUCUAAACAAUAAAGAAAAUUUUUUUCACUCUUA